AGUAAAACACCACAACCCCUCAUGAAUUGUUGAUUGGGCAGCUGCAGCAGGAAGUUGCAUCGUUAAAACGGAGGCUGUAGCUGCUUGUAUAAAGAGACAGGAUGUGAUGUGAUGACCAGAGCUGAAAUAUUGAACCGUCUUUGUCUGACAUUUUGUUUGUUUGUCUGUUUGUCUGCAGUGGUAGAAGGUUUGGCUCUGCUCGAUUUGGGCGUCUCACCGUACUCUGGAGAUGUUUUCCAUGAGACUCCUCUCAUCAUUUACCUCUUUCACUUUCUGGUGGACUAUGCUGAGAUAACAUUUAUGUUAGCAGAUGUGAUCACUGCUGUGGCUCUUUACAUGGCAGUGAAGGACUACAACAAACAAGUGUUCAGAAAACAGAAAUAUGCUUUGGAGGCCGACCGCUACCCCCUCGACUGUCUGGAGCUCAUCAGAAGCCCCAAAGAAAUGUACUACAUCCCCCUGAAAGUAGCCAUGUUUUAUCUGUUGAACCCAUUCACCAUCCUCUCCUGUGUCGCCAUGUCAACCUGUGCCCUGAACAAUGCCGUCAUCGCCCUCUUCAUCCUCUCUACGAUAAAAGGAAAUGUUUUGCUCAGUGCCAUAUUUCUGUCCCUGGCUACGUAUCAGUCCAUCUAUCCUCUGACUCUGUGCGCUCCAGCUCUGCUGUAUUUGAUGCAGCAACAGUACAUCCCUGUGAACUUUCGAUGGGCCAGCUUCUGGUGGUUUAUCGCACAGUAUGGCUUCAUGUACCUGGGCAGCCUGUUCGUCAUCAUCGGUCUCUCCUUCUUCCUGCUCGGCUCCUGGGAUUACGUGCCCUCCGUCUACGGCUUCAUUCUCUCAGUUCCAGACCUGACCCCCAACAUCGGCCUCUUCUGGUAUUUCUUCGCCGAGAUGUUUGAACACUUCCGCCUCUUCUUCCUCUGCGUCUUUCAGAUCAACGUUUUCUUCUACACCAUCCCGCUGUCCAUCAAACUGAAGGAGCAUCCAGUGUUUCUGAUAUUCAUGCAGUUGGCUGUGAUCUCCAUCUUCAAGUCUUACCCCACAGUGGGAGACAUCGCUCUCUACAUGGCCUUCCUUCCUGUCUGGAGUCACCUGCACAGAUUCUUGAGGAACAUCUUCCUGGUGUCCUGCGUCCUGUUGGCCUGUUCGGCUCUGUUCCCGGUUCUCUGGCACCUCUGGAUCUACGCCGGCAGCGCCAACUCCAACUUCUACUACGCCAUAACACUUCUGUUCAAUGUGGCACAGAUUCUUCUGGUGUCUGAUUAUUUCUAUGCCUUCCUGAGGAGAGAGCACCACCUCACCUACGGACUGUACCUGAAGAGGAAGGAUGGCUCUGAGGCGACGCUGGUGCUUAAAUAAAACACACGCUCACUCACAGCCUCGACCAGGCGAGGAAGAAACGUCUCAAUUUUCCUCGAAGCGAACGAACACAAACCGAGGAGGAGAAAAUAGUUCUAAAGCCAAACUGGAUCCAAGACAGAACAUUGACACCCAUGUACAACGUGUGUCUGGUACGACUUCAUAUGCAAACAACAGAACUACAUCAUACAAAACAAGGGACUCAUGCAGAUGUUGGAUGUGGUGAGACAUCUCCAUCCUCUUUACUCUUUCACUUGCGUGAAAGCUUCACUCCACCUGGAUCCCAAAAUGCUUUUGUUUUGAAGUCUCCUCUUUAGUUGCAGCCACUCCAGAAGAGUUUUAUUUUGACGUCGUGUUUAUCCUGCAGCUCAGCCCUGGACAGCUUUUAUUUUGAAGCACCAACUCCCAUGCACUCUCCCUCUGCAAGGCUUUUAUUUUGAAGGCUGACAUGAUCUUUCCUGAUAAUUUACAGCUCUCCCACACACACACAUUUUUCUUUUUAUGUUCACACUCGAACUCAUACGCCAAAAGGAUGAAGGAAUCUUUUAUUUUUAAGGGUGUUGUCAGGAAGCCUCUUUCAUCUCUUUUCAUGUUUCUCACGUUGUUUGUCUUUCGCCUGUUUUUCUCUCUCACAAUUUCCUCUUUAAUUAACAAACUCUAGAUUGAAAGUGUUUCAUCUCAAGCAGUCGAAGGAGAACUUACCUCAUUGUGGUACAUAAACUGAAUAACUACCAGGGGCAGUGAUCAGCUGCUGAGACACAGUGAUUUAACGCUAAAACCCAGAUUUUUCUCUUUCUACUUAAUCCAGAGCGCGUCGGACAAAGACGACAGUGAAUGUGUCUUAUAUAAAUAAAGUGCUUCAGAAUCUGUAGAGGGAAGAAACAGAUUUUUGUUUUCUGGACCAAGUUGAAGAAACUGGUUCUGCAGCUGCCUUGUUUACUCGUCAAAAUGAAUUGUAGCAAAUGUAAUUCAUCUUUUAUUUGGUUUUAUUUGUAAUUGGGACAGAAAUGUUUUCUCCCUCAGUCGACACAACCUCAAAAACUCCUUAUGUUUUUGUUGUCUAUGUUUAAACAGCAUCAUUUCCAUUUCCACAACACUAACUCCUUCAUGAACAUAAGAGUCACAUCAGGCGCUCAACUCUUCUGAGCCGCUAAAGUCCCGACAGGUGAUAUUUUUUAUCUCGUGCACUGAAGACAUGAACUUGUGCGUCAAGAUAAUUUGAUAAAAACUCAUUCAAGGUUUAUUUUCAACUUUUAGUGUCACAUUAUGAAAUCCUUGCUGCUCUUCUACAGACACGGGAUUAACUUGUUCCCACAAAUUAAAUAUUGUGUGAAAACAAGUUAUUUAUCCUGCAAGCACAAGAUUAAAAAAUAUUCCCUGUCAUGACGUACAGGACUUUUUAUGUGACCCAUGUCUUCUCAACUGCUCGUCUGUUUCAGCUGAAGGUCUUCGUGGCGUUUUGAUACCAAUGAGUGAAAAUAAGUUGUGAUAUUUAUUUAUUUCCUGCACUGAAAACUUUGCAAUGAGAUUUUAUUUUAUCCUUUUGUUUGUUUUUAUUAUCCGAGAUAGAAACGGGAGCUCUUCAGUUUUUGAUACUGUAAAUACUAAUGUGAUUUGUUUUGUUACAGAUAUUUAAGUGCAGGUGUGAAAGGGGUUAUGGCAAAUCUGAUGAAUGAAUGAACAUGAUGUCACAAAUGAUGAUUAUUAAACUUGAGGUGUUGGUUUA